AUGCAAGCCCUUCCACCAUCACCAAAAUCACGAAGUCCCGAACCAGAACCCAACGACUCUUCAGCAUGGAGCCGUCUCAUCACAAGCUUCUCCCGCGCCCCAUCGCGCCAUGACAGCCUGAGCAGCUACGGCAGCUACGCCUUCAACGGGCGGCUGUUCAACAUGAGCAAAGCAAACUACAACUCUGCCAACACAGCGCUAGCGCGAGAAUUGAAGAACCGGCACUUGCAGAUGAUUGCGUUUGGCGGAUCUAUCGGAACGGGUCUUUUUGUCGCGUCGGGUGUUGCGCUGUAUCGCGGGGGCCCUGUCUCGCUGCUGUUGGCGUUUAUCAUCAUGGGUGCUAUGCAGUUCUUUACGAUGCAGGCGCUGGGGGAGUUGAGUGUUGCGUUUCCGGUGGGAGGGUCUUUUGCGAAUUAUUCGACGAGGUUUUUGGAUCCGAGCUGGGGUUUUGCUAUGGGUUGGAAUUAUACGCUGCAGUAUCUCAUUGUGCUGCCUCUUGAGAUCAUUGCAGGAGCAUUUACGACGAAUUACUGGAAUCCCAACGCCAGCAAGAGCAUUUUCAUCGUACUCUUCUUCAUUCUCAUCCUUGGUAUCAAUCUCCUCGGGGUCAAAGGCUACGGCGAAGCUGAGUUCGUCUUCUCAGCCGUCAAAGUCACAGCCAUCGUAGGCUUCAUUCUUCUCGGUAUAAUCAUCAACAUCGCAGGUUCCCCAGAAGGAGACUACAUCGGCUUCACACGGUGGCAAAACCCCGGUGCCUUUCACAACGGUUUCAAAGGUUUCGCGAGCGUUUUAGUAACAGCAACCUUCUCCUUCGCCGGCACAGAAAUGGUCGGUCUCGCAGCAGCCGAAACGAGCAAUCCGAAAAAGUCCCUCCCCGCAGCAGUGAAGCAAGUCUUUUGGAGAAUUUCUCUCUUCUACAUUCUCUCGAUUUUACUCAUUGGACUACUGGUGCCGUAUAAUGAACCGAGAUUGCUAGGGGCCAAGUAUGGUUCUGAUGCAGCGGCUAGUCCGUUCGUGAUAGCGAUUGAAAUGAGCGGCUCGGAUGUUUUGCCGGAUAUUAUGAAUGCUGUUAUUCUGAUAUCGCUGAUCAGUGUUGGGAAUACAGCUGUGUAUGCGUCGUCACGGACGUUAGCCGCGUUGGCGGAGCAGUCACUUGCCCCCAAGAUGUUUGCGUACAUUGAUCGAACUGGACGACCUCUCGUUGCGAUUAUUUGCUGCGGUUUGCUAGGUUUACUAGCAUUCACCGCCAACUCCAAGAUCCAUAACGAGAUCUUCAAUUGGCUCCUUGCGAUUAGUGGGCUAAGCACGCUCUUCACAUGGAGUUCCAUCUGCGUCUGUCAUAUUCGCUUUCGAAAAGCAUGGGCGCUAUCAGGGUAUAAUGUCUCCCAACUUGCCUUCAAGUCGCAGGUUGGAGUUUGGGGAUCAUGGGUUGCACUCGCAGCUUACGGAACAGUUCUGGUUCUUCAGAUCUGGGUUGCUAUAUCGCCGAUCCAAGCGGAGGGUGAAGACCCCCUCACGACUUUAAAGACACCGUGCAUGCAAUCUGCAGUUGUGAACUGGUCGUAUUGGCGUAUCCGUGCUGAAAUUGCUCGCCAGAUGACUCACGGCCGACGUCAUAAAGGAAACGUAGAGCCUCAUGAAUCACCCAAGUCGUAUCGCUUAACCAUUCUUCCAGGCGCUGCAGCAACAAUGGCAGCCCAUACAUUCUGGCAGUACAUCCGCCUCAAAGCAAUCAUCACUUUCAUCCGUCUGAUAAACUACAUCUUCACGCGUCCUCACUUCACGCCUUCACCAACAUGCACCCGCAAACUCAUCCGCAUUCCCUCCCGCGACUUCAACCGCUUCAUCAACGCUUGGAUCUACUACCCAAACAAUUACGCCGACACUAGAAAAUAUGGUCUCGUGAUCAAUUGGCACGGCGGUGCUUAUACCCUUCCAAAUCUCGGCAUGGACCAUCAAUUCUGCGAGCGAAUAGCCACAGAGAACAAUGUCUUGGUUCUCGAUGCUGAUUAUCGCAAGGCGCCUGAACAUCCUCUUCCUGGAGCUGUUGAAGACGCCGAAGAUACUUUCAGAUGGGUUGAGAGCCAGGCACAAAUGUUUGAUCUUGACAGAGUUGCUUUGUCGGGGUUCAGUUCUGGAGGAAACCUAGCGCUUGUUGCAUCAUCUGAACUAAGGCGUGAGCUCAAGGUGAACAUCAGGGCUGUAUACGCUUUCUACCCAGGCGUUGAUCUCUCCAUUCCACCGGAAGAGAAAACAGUUCCGAAACCCAUCCGACCUCUUCCCGUGUCUUUCCAGCAUCUUCUCGCUGACGCGUACGUACCGCGCAUUGAAGACCGCAAGUCGCCCAAAGCAUCGCCCAUGUACGCCGAGGGAACCUCCUUUCCGAAGCAUGUUAUGCUUGUUGCUUGUUCUGGGGAUAUCUUCACGCCAGAGAUUGAAGUUUUCGGAAAGAAGUUGGAGCGGGCUGGUCGUUGUGUUGAGAUCGUCAGGGUUGAGGGGGCUCAUGGAUGCGAUAAGACUACAAAUCCGAGGACGUUUAGGCCUGAGGCGAGAGAUUUCGCGUAUGCUAAGGUCGUACAGAGCUUACACGGUGUUAUGCAAUAA